GCGAGCUGAGACCUGAGGCCGGCUCUGCGGCUCUCGCGGUGUUUGCGCGAGACUGCUCUUUUCCUUCCUCCCUUGCCGGUCCGUCUGCCUUCCUCCCCCUCUUCCCCGCCCGGCCUCCCCCUCCUUCCCCCGCGGGCCCCCUCCCCGCAGGGAUAAUAUGGUCUCCGGCGAUGGACGCCCCAAGUGCAGGACAUGCCUUUGAGUACCUUAUUGAAACAUUAAAUGACAGUUCACAUAAGAAGUUCUUCAAUGUUCCUAGACUUGGAGGCACCAAGUAUGAUGUUCUGCCUUACUCAAUACGGGUCCUGUUGGAAGCUGCUGUGCGAAAUUGUGAUGGCUUUUUAAUGAAAAAGGAAGAUGUUAUGAACAUUUUAGACUGGAAAACCAAACAAAGCAAUGUUGAAGUGCCCUUUUUCCCUGCCCGUGUUCUUCUUCAAGAUUUUACUGGAAUACCGGCAAUGGUGGAUUUUGCUGCUAUGAGGGAGGCAGUGAAAACUCUUGGAGGUGACCCUAAGAAAGUCCAUCCUGCCUGUCCAACAGAUCUUACGGUUGACCAUUCCUUGCAAAUUGACUUCAACAAAUGUGCAAUACAGAAUGCUCCAAAUCCUGGAGGUGGUGACCUACAGAAAGCAGGAAAGCUCUCUCCACUUAGAGUGCAGCCUAAGAAGCUUCCCUGCAGAGGCCAGGCUGCCUGCCGAGGAUCGUGUGAUUCUGGAGAACUAGGCCGAAACUCAGGAAAAUUUUCUUCGCAGAUUGAAAACACACCCAUCCUAUGUCCUUUUCAUUUGCAACCAGUGCCUGAACCUGAAACAGUAUUAAAAAAUCAAGAAGUAGAAUUUGGCAGAAAUCGAGAGAGGCUUCAAUUUUUCAAGUGGAGUUCAAGAGUUUUUAAGAAUGUGGCUGUAAUCCCUCCUGGAACCGGAAUGGCUCAUCAAGUAAACUUAGAGUAUUUGUCGAGAGUGGUUUUUGAAGAGAAGGACCUCCUCUUCCCAGACAGUGUUGUUGGCACAGAUUCUCAUAUAACCAUGGUGAAUGGUUUGGGGAUUCUGGGGUGGGGGGUUGGAGGCAUUGAAACAGAAGCAGUUAUGCUUGGCCUGCCAGUUUCCCUUACUUUACCAGAGGUGGUUGGAUGUGAAUUAACUGGUUCAUCGAAUCCUUUUGUUACAUCCAUAGAUGUUGUUCUUGGCAUUACAAAGCAUCUCAGGCAAGUAGGAGUGGCUGGAAAGUUUGUUGAGUUUUUUGGAAGUGGAGUUUCACAAUUAUCUAUAGUAGAUCGAACUACAAUAGCAAACAUGUGUCCAGAAUAUGGUGCUACCCUCAGCUUUUUCCCUGUUGACAAUGUGACGUUAAAACAUUUAGAACAUACAGGUUUUGACAAAGCCAAACUCAAGUCAAUGGAAGCAUACCUUAAAGCUGUGAAAUUGUUUCGAAAUGAGCAAGAUAAUUCAGGAGAACCUGAAUAUUCCCAGGUGAUCCAGAUUAAUCUGAAUUCAAUAGUUCCAUCUGUCAGUGGUCCAAAGAGACCUCAGGAUAGAGUUGCUUUGACAGAUAUGAAAAGUGAUUUCCAAGCUUGCUUAAAUGAAAAGGUUGGAUUUAAAGGCUUCCAAAUUGCAGCUGAAAAGCAAAAUGAUAUCGUCUCUAUUCAUUAUGAAGGAAGUGAAUAUAAGCUGUCUCAUGGAUCUGUGGUCAUUGCCGCCGUUAUCAGUUGUACCAAUAAUUGCAAUCCAUCUGUCAUGCUUGCUGCAGGUCUUUUGGCUAAAAAAGCUGUUGAAGCUGGUCUACAGGUUAAACCUUACAUAAGAACAAGUUUAUCUCCAGGCAGUGGAAUGGUUACCCAUUACCUCAGUUCAAGUGGAGUAUUACCAUAUCUUAGUAAGCUUGGAUUUGAAAUCAUUGGCUAUGGAUGUUCAACAUGUGUGGGAAAUACAGCACCCUUAUCAGAAGCAGUUUUAAAUGCAGUAAAACAGGGUGAUUUGGUUACUUGUGGGGUUUUAUCUGGAAAUAAAAAUUUUGAAGGUCGUCUUUGUGAUUGUGUUCGUGCCAAUUAUCUUGCCUCUCCACCCUUAGUGGUAGCUUAUGCCAUAGCAGGCACAGUGAAUAUAGACUUCCAGACAGAGCCUUUAGGUACUGACCCUACUGGCAAGAACAUUUACCUGCAUGAUAUUUGGCCUAGUCGAGAAGAAGUUCAUCAGAUAGAGGAAGAACAUGUUGUAUUAUCCAUGUUUAAAGCAUUAAAAGAGAAGAUAGAGAUGGGAAAUAAGCGGUGGAAUUCUUUAGAAGCACCAGAUUCAGUUUUGUUUCCAUGGGAUUUAAAAUCUACUUAUAUCAGAUGUCCUUCAUUUUUUGAUAAGCUUACCAAAGAGCCAGUUGCACUCCAGCCUAUUGAAAAUGCCCAUGUCUUAUUAUACCUGGGAGACUCUAUCACGACAGAUCAUAUAUCACCUGCUGGAAGCAUCGCUAGGAGUAGUGCUGCUGCUAAGUAUUUGACAAACAGAGGCCUUACCCCUCGUGAAUUCAACUCUUAUGGAGCCCGAAGAGGUAAUGAUGCUGUAAUGACAAGAGGCACUUUUGCAAAUAUCAAGCUUUUUAAUAAGUUUAUUGGAAAACCAGCUCCCAAAACAAUUCAUUUUCCAUCAGGACAGACGCUGGAUGUAUUUGAGGCUGCAGAGCUGUACCAGAAAGAAGGUAUCCCACUGAUUAUUUUAGCAGGAAAGAAAUAUGGUUCAGGAAACUCAAGAGAUUGGGCUGCCAAAGGACCAUACUUGCUGGGUGUGAAAGCUGUUUUGGCUGAAAGUUAUGAAAAAAUUCACAAAGAUCAUUUGAUUGGAAUUGGCAUAGCUCCACUUCAGUUCCUUCCAGGAGAAAGUGCAGAUUCCUUGGGCCUCUCUGGCAGAGAAACAUUUUCUUUAACAUUUCCUGAAGAACUGUCUCCUGGAGUUAUAUUAAAUAUAAAGACAAGCACUGGAAAAGUAUUCAGCGUGAUUGCUUUGUUUGAAAAUGACGUGGAGACAACAUUGUACAAACAUGGAGGAUUAUUAAACUUUGUGGCACGAAAAUUCUCAUAGUAUCUACUCACCAUGGAUACCUUUCAUAACUGGUGACUGCAAACAAAGCCUUCUGUGCUGGACCCAGGAAUCCUUCCCAUGGAGCUGCAGAUAGUCCCAGUAUGUCCACUUAUCUCAUCCAUGGAUGUAAAUGAUUGUGAAUCAACGUAGUGACUGAAAUGAAAUCUCGAUUUUAAAUAAUAUACGAAUGGUGCUAUUAACAUUGCUAAAAUCAAUGUGUGAAGUGUGUUGUGGAAGAGGCCUAUAAGUAAGGGGGACUAUUUUAUCAGACCAUUUUGUAAAUAAAAGCAGAAUUUGAACUUGUGUUGAAGAUUCUUAUAUGAAUAACCUUCCUGAAGUCUCUUGUUUAGUUUUGCACCUAUAAAACUGUAUACUACUGUUUGUUGGUUUAAGAGUAGCGGAUUGAAAUUUAAGAAGCCAGAUAAUUCUAAAAUUGUGGAAGGUGAAAUCUGAUUUAUAAAUGGACUUUCAGAUAUGUUCAUUCCUUUCCAGAGUUGAGCUGGACAUAGUGGCAUUCUUAGUCUGUAAUAUAAGCCAGGGUUAUCCUGUCUCAGUCAAAGGAUAGAACUUGCCCCAGACACAAUCAUUCUGUCCAAUCCAGCUGAGCUUUCCUCCACAUCUGAAGAUGAACUGUUACAGAAUACAGUUGAUUGUGUAGCACCAUGUAUUAGCAGUGAAAAUAUGUACCACAUAUGCAGCCCUUAUUUUUUCAGUAAUUUGCUCCUGUGACCCUGGCAAGUCUCAGAUGGCAUUAUAUUAAUUGGAUUAGAUUACUUUGCUCACUUUAUGUGAUACUGUAACUUCUAUAACCUAAUAUUUUAGGUAUCAUUAGCCAAAAUUCCACACUCAUUUACAGUUGCUAAGGAGAACUUUACGUAAUCAUUAAACACUAACAUGAUUUCCUCUAGAUUUUUAAAUUUUCCACCCUAAAUUAUAUGGUUGCUCAACCCUAAACAUUUUUUAAAUGUUGGUUUCUUUUUAAUUAUAUAAAUCAAUUUCCUGUCAUUUUGAAUCAUUAUUUCACCUGGGAUGCAUGAUACUAUUAAUUAUAUAUGCUUUUGCUGACCGUUAGGAUAAAACACUUAAAUUAUUGCUGUCUGAAUACCAUAUUUUCUCUAUAUGCAUGUUUGUUUACUACAUCAAAUGUUCUGUUAACAAAACGUUUGGUGACUUUUAAGAAAAGGUUGGAUGAUUAAUUCUGAAAGUCCUAUACCUUUUUAAAAAAAUUAAGAAGUUAAAGUUAGCAGGCAGAAGGUUAAUUGUAGUGACUUUUCCCCCCCACAUAGAGAUCAUCAUAUGACCUAGUUAAGUUACUGCAAUUCAGAAUUAGCUUACAUUGCACAGAAUAAAUUGUUUUAAGCUAAAAUGCUGAAACUACCAAACCAGUGGGUAAAGACCACUGAGAACUUUGCACAUAAUCAGUCAUACAAUCUUUUGAAGAUAUUCUCUGUUUAGACAAUUAGAUGGACUAGAGCUUGGCAAAAUGAUUUCCCUUUUAUUUAAAAUUUUUAUAAGUAGUUUCUUUAGUACUUUCAAGUCAUAUUGUGUUCUUGAUAUUUUAUUAUGCUGUGUAUUUGUCAGUGCAUGUGUUUUUAAUUUACAUGAAAACAUGAAUUAAGGUUGGAGGAUUUACAAGUUGAAUGUUAAAAUAUCAGUUAUAGGCUUUUGAGAAAAUGAUAAUCCAGAUUGUAUGUGGGGAAGACAUCUGUAUUAUUUCUAAGCCAUACUGUAAUACAAUUUGUAGCCUAUGAUCAGAGGCCUGGGCAUCACCAUAAACAGCAGAUCCAGGAAAUGAAGAGAUGAUGAAGCUAGCCAGCUGUAAAUUAAGCAUUUACAUUUCCAGUCUACCUAGUCCAGUAAAAGUACAAGCAGAUCUUGUAUUUCAGGAACAAAAUCAAGGUUCUCUUAAAAUCUCUUGUUUAUAUACAGUGAACCAAAAAGCUUGAUAAGCAGUGGCUAUCAAUUGGGGAAGAGAGUCAUGAAUGUGUGACCCUGAGUGCACCUGUAAUUCUUCCUCCAGCCAAAUUGUGUUUGCAAAAAUGUGGCACCUGUUGGUUUUUAUUGUUUUUUUCAUAUCUCCUUUAUUGACUAUGUCUAGAUAAUUUUGUGUUUUUAAAAAAAUACACAAAUAUUGUGGGAAGAAAUAUGAUAGGCCCAUGAAAGAAGCAAAUUAGCGCUAUAAACUUAACAGUACAAUUUCAAAAGUCAUUAUCAACCGGAGCAUUUUUGUCAUAUUUUAAGAAACGUUAUGCUACAUACCAUUGCAAUAUUUCAUGCCUUUGGGCUUGCUAAUUGAUGAAAAUGUCCUCGAGUCACUGAACUGCCAUUAAUACACCUAAAAAGUUUCCGAGAUACAGUUGUUAUUUUCUGUGGUAUCUCCAGGCUGACGUUUGAAUGAGAGGUGUUAGGAUCCCUUUAGCAAAGUGCUCAGCUUUUCACUGGGAGUCACACUCCAUGGGUACUGAAGGACGAAAAGCACAGCUAAGAUCUAAAUCAAAAUUCUAGUGGUUUACACAUAGGGAAACAGUGUUGUGUGCAUUCACCUUCUCAGUGUUAAGUGACAGGAUGAGGAGAAAUUAUUUGACUAACAUUUUUCUUAGUUCAAUUAAAAGACACCGUUCUUUUGCCUUUAGGUUUAGGAGGAAGUGCUAAGAUACUGGAUGUUGACCCUAUCUUAGUUUGAUUUGGAAUACUAAAAGAGAGGGGAAGGAGGUGGACUUAGUCUUCGAUAGUGACUUUUCCCCUGAGGUGUGAUAGUGCCGAUGUUUAUCAAUUUUACACAUAGUAUGUCAUUAUGAAACCAUAUAUCUCACUUAAGCAACUAUAAAUCAUUGUCUAUUAUUUAAAGCCAACAAAACAGUAUAACAGUUUUAAGUUCAGUAAUGUUAAGUAUUGUAUAGAAAUAUAUUGGAGGCAAAGUUCAGUUGAUGACAAUUGUGUAUAUGUUACUGAUGCUGUAAAUUAUUUUUAAUAAAGAAAAUUGUAUUAUCACA